AUGGACGUGUCUCUCAGGAACUCCGUUCAAGCCGGGGAAAAACAAGCUGUUUCUGCCCAAAUUACCCUACCACACCAGCCCUACCAACUUCUUAAGACAAUGAGACGCAAAAGCAAAAAAUACCGGACGGAAAAACACCCAACUACCGCCAAUAUCGGCGAACUUUUGCGGAGGCCGCAAGAAUCCGACGCACCAUCCAGAUCAUCUAGUGAAGACUCACUCUGCAACCUGGAAAUGAUGGCGGAGACGAAGAGAGCAGGCAAGCCUAAGGCACAAAGCAACCGUCACUGA